CAGGAAGAAGAAACACAUAAAAUAAAGUUCCCAUUGCCUCAAAGCAGAAAACGAAUCGAACAUGGAAGCUGUAUCUUUCGAAACACCGCUAUCCUAAAUAGUUGGCUCUCGGCACGACGUCUUGUUCACACACCACACACUUUGAUGGGAUAAUAUUUUGUCAGCUGGUUUGAUACUGAAGGAUGUAGUCAGGAACUCAAGAAGAAGAAGAAGAAGAAGAAGCAGAAGCAGGAGCAGGAGCAGGAGCAGGAGCAGGAGAAGGACAAGGAGCAGGAGCAGGAGAAGGAGAAGGAGAAGCAGAAGAAGACGAAGAAGACGAAGAAGACGAAGAAGAAGAAGAAGAAGAAGAAGAAGAAGAAGAAGAAGAAGUAGUCGGGUACUCAAGGAUGUAGUUGUACACUUCCAACUUUUGUGCACAGCAUGGACGCUUGCUCCUUUUCAUGAUCAAGCAGCGCAACACUUGGUAUACAUCCAGUGCAAACAGAUGGGGAACAUGGUGGACUUCCGGGUUAGUGCAAACCAAGAGCAGGUAUGUCAAUGUGGAGUGGGAGUCCUCAUUUCGUGUUACAGCAAAUCCAUGGUGUCUUCGCUGGAUAAGGACCAUGUUACAAAGGAUCAUGCCCGGAAUGGUCGACAAUUGCAACGUCACGGUUUCUUUUCCACAGGCGCACGUGUGAGAAAGGAUUACGUAGGGAAUGCCCCAGGUUCGAUGAAACCUCGGUAAAAACCAGUGGCCAACUCUGAGAUCAGAUCGAUUUUCUUCAGCGGUCCCAGCAAAUUUGCUACCUUACCUUCUCAAAGCAAAAACCAAAACAGCAAAACCUCACUGGUCAUUCCAGAGACACAUUGAAACUGGAUCUCAUCCGACUUGAUCACCACUAUCUGAUCUAUCUGGCUCAAGAACUGUGAGCCGGGUUCGCUGUACCGAGGCGCUUUGGAGUCAAUGCCGCCGACGGCAUGGAAGGAGGUCGUGAUCGACGGGAAGGUGAAGUUUAAGGUGCCUGCUCAUCUUGAACUCAUCAAGAAGGUGGGCUCAGGAGCAUAUGGCACCGUGGCCUCGUUUCAGGACCCAAAGACGGGCUCAAAGCUUGCGGUCAAGAAGAUUACAGAUGCCUUCCACGAUCUUGUGGAUGGGAAACGGAUUCUACGUGAGGUGAAACUGCUGCGGAGCUUCAGGCAUGACAAUAUCAUCAGCAUUCUGGACAUGUAUCCGCCAGAACAUCCCGACUUUGAAGACAUCUACAUCGUCACUGAUUUGAUGGAGACCGACCUGCACAGAGUGAUCUACUCCAAACAGGUCUUGAAUGAUGAGCACCAUCAGUACUUCUCCUAUCAGAUCCUCCGCGGACUUCUAUAUCUGCACAGUGCCAACGUGGUGCACCGGGAUUUGAAGCCCGCGAACAUCCUGGUGAACAAAAACUGCGACCUGAAGAUUUGCGACUUCGGGCUGGCGCGCGGCCUUGGCAAUGACGAGGAUGAUCCAACCUUAACGGACUACGUGGUGACCAGAUGGUACCGAGCGCCUGAGGUCGUACUGCUGGCGUCAGAGUACACCAAGUCCAUUGACGUGUGGUCAGUAGGUUGUAUUCUUUGCGAGCUCAUCGGGCGAAAGCCAAUCUUCACCGGCAAGGAUCACUUGGACCAGAUUAAGAAGAUCUUGCAAGUCCUUGGUACUCCCUCCGAGGAUGACUUGGCGUGGCUACCUCCUCGGAGUCCAGCGCGGAACUUCAUCAAGAAGGUGCCACCCUCGACUAAGCAGAGCUGGAAGAGCAUUUAUCCCAAGGCGACAGAGGCUGGUAUUGAAGCAAUUGAGAAGAUGCUCACAUUCGACCCAACCAAGCGAUCGACGAUCGCUGAGUGCUUGGUCCUUCGGUAUUAUGAAACCUUGCACAUGCCCGACGAUGAGCCGGUCUCGGAAGUGCCAGUAGAUUGGACCUUUGACAAAUUUACACCGACCAAGAGAUUGCUGCAGAAUUUCAUCUAUGCAGAGUGCUGGAAGUUCCACCCAGAGAUCGCCCAACGCGACGCGAAGUUGCUGGACUCGCGGGAGAUUACAAAGCUCCUGCAGUGAGGAUCGGCCAAAGCGCGGCCUGACAUGGGUGCUGUUUCUGGGGGCCGAAGGUGAAGAGAGAUGAACUGAUGAACUAUGGUUGGGUGCAUCUCCAAUAUACUGUAACGUGUUUUUGCGGGGUGGCAGCUUCGGACGGUAGAUUCCGCAGAUUUCUUUUAACCAAGGCUGCUGGAUCCAUUCCGGUCUGCGAUUUUGGUGCUUCCAGUUGUUUGGGAUCACUUGAUCUUGGGACAAUGGGGAUUGAAAGGUAUGCUGAAAGCUGGCUACGGAUAUUCCCAUAAAGCUGUGUGAGCAAGACUUUCUUGGGGUUCCUGAGUUGUACAGGUGCCAGGCUCCAGCUGCAUGUCUUCUGUACAUGAUUAGAUGAUAUCAGAUGUGUUUUGAGCUGUACCAGUUGCUGAUUUUCGGGGCGGAUUUCGAGGCGCCCGGAAAGAUUCAAUCUGCUGUACUAGGCACUUGCUGUACUACGCACAGCGUCGAGUUCGGGCAGCACAGGUGCCAGGUUUGCCGGCUCUGUGUGCGUCUGGCCACAAAUGUGGCGGCCGUGCUGAUGUGAAGGAUGGCGGCUUUCGGAAAAGGAUCAUUUUUGGCCUCUGUACCGCAUUGUCGUUCAGGUGGAUGUGGAGACCAUUCCGUGCUUUUGGAGAUGGAGCAAAUUGCUCCAGGACAUCUCGUCAGCCUGGAAUCUGUUGAAUGUGU